UUCACCAGAGCGGCGUCUACAGCUGCCCGCGGGCUGGCUGCUGUUCUGCAACAGAAUCCUGACGAUGUGGUCAUUACAUUUGCGAAGCGGACGGCCAUGGGCAGGGCUAGGAAAGGGCAGCUGAAGGACACGCCUGUAGACGAACUUUUGCAUGCUCUGUUCAAGGCCACACUUGAGAAGACCAAGCUCGACCCGACGAAAAUAGAUGACAUCUGUAUUGGGACCUGCCACCCGCCCUCGCCUUUGUAUAUCUCGCGAGCGGCCGCUCUGGCAGCAGGCAUCCCAGCUGAAGUGCCAGUAUCUACCGUGAAUCGUCUCUGUGCUUCUGGGCUGCAGUCUAUCAGGAGCAUUGCCCAUGCCGUGCGGACUGGGUCCAUAUCUCUUGGAUUGGCUGUUGGGGUCGAGAGUAUGACUUUGAAUCCUCGACCUACACCAGAAGUAGUAGAUGCCGUUCGAACGAAUCAGCAGGCUGAGGAUUGUAUCCAGCCCAUGGGGUGGACUUCCGAGAUGGUCGCGACUGCAUACGACGUUUCGCGAGAAAAACAAGACCAGUAUGCGCUGAUUUCGCACACCCGGGCGGAAAAGUCUAUCGAAAAGGGCAUCUUUGUGGAGGAGAUUAUUCCCAUCGAACUCCGGGGCACAGUGGUGUCGGUAGACGAUACUGUUCGCAAAGGCGUCACAUCUGAGUCGCUUGCCCAGCUGAAGCCAGUCUUCGACUGGGGCGACAGGCGCACCACGGCCGGUAAUGCCAGCGGUGUGGGCGAUGGUGCCGCUCUCUGCAUCCUGACAACCCGGCGACACGCACAGGUUGCAGGCCUCCCUAUCUUGGGCAAAUACGUGGCGAGCACCUUUGUUGGUGUUGAGCCAAAGUACAUGGGGAUAUCACCAGUUGCUGCUGUACCCAAAAUCCUUGGAGAAACUGGCCUGACGAAGGAGGACAUCGACGUUUUCGAGAUCAACGAGGCUUUCGCCUCACAAUUCGCGUAUUGCGUUGAGCAGCUCCAGAUCCCGAUCGACAAAAUCAAUCCGAACGGGGGCUCCAUUGCUCUCACACAUCCUCUCGGAAUGACCGGCGUCCGACAAGUCGUUACCGGACUGGCAGAGCUGCGUCGUCGAAACGCCAAGCUGCUUUGCACGAGCAUGUGUAUUGGCAGCGGAAUGGGCGGUGCUGCGAUCUUCGUUAACGAAGCUCAUCCUUGAUAUUAACGACUUAAAGAGCUCUCCAAUACAAAUAUCCUUCACAUUGCCUUCGUUUGUGUUACACAAUCCGUAAUCACGGAAAAAUACAUCCAUUGCUUUAUC